CGGGGGCCACUGGCUGCCCCCGAAGGCGCCGCUCCCCUGGGCUCCGAAGGGCCCCGCGCCAGCGCUUCUGAGGCUGUCAUUCCCCGUGUUUGAGAUUUCGUUUCUGGAACCUCACUCGGACGGUCCCAAGAGGGGAAAGCGGGUAGUGUGGCUUUUGCACUUGGCUGGAGGUGAAAAUAAAAACCAGGCGCGGGAUGUAAUGAAGGCAAAGGGACCUGUGAGAAAGUGGACGAAUUUCUGAGCUCGACAAGAAUUUUCUGCCCAUCUUGGCCCACAUACUACGUAGUUCAAGCCUGGGUUGAGAAUAUGAGGCAGAAGGAAGUGUUAACCAAGACCUUCCAAGGCCCAGCCAUUGUCUGUAGGACUCCGACCAGCCACGUUUACAUGUUUGAGAACGGUGGUGGGGACUCGGGGGACUCCUCUGAGGAAGAGUCCCACCGCGUGGCUCUGCGGCCCCGGGGCAAGGAGCGCCAGAAGAAGGGUGCCCAUCACCCUCCCCAGCCAGGAGCAGGUGACGUGGUGCUGCUACAGCGGGAGCUGGCCCAGGAGGACAGCCUCAACAAGCUCGCUCUUCAGUAUGGCUGCAAAGUCGCAGAUAUCAAGAAAGUCAACAACUUCAUCAGAGAACAAGACUUAUAUGCUUUGAAAUCUAUUAAGAUUCCAGUGAAAAAUCAUGGGAUCCUAACAGAGACCCACAAAGAACUCAGACCCCUCCUGAGCCCAUCCUCAGAGACCAGAGUGACCUUUGAGGAGCAGCCAGACCCAGAUAGAGCAGCUGUAGGCACCGGUGCCCUGCCCAGCCCACUGACGGAUUUCUUUAAGGGCAUUGACCAGAAUAUUGAGCACGCAGUGCAGUCAGAAAUCUUUCUAAAUGAAAGUUACUGUGUAGAGACCUCCAAGCAGCCGCUGCUCCCGGCUUCUCCGAAGACCCCGACAAAUGGUGCAGACUGUGGAAUUCAGUGGUGGAAUGCCGUUUUUAUCAUGCUUCUAAUUGGGAUUGUUUUACCAGUGUUUUAUUUGGUCUAUUUUAAAAUCCAAGCUACUGGCGAGAUCCCCAGUAGCUUGAACACAACUGCUGUCCCCAAUGGCUCGAUGACCGUGAGUGCAGUUCCAGGGCAUGUCCCCAGAUUAGCAGUUCCAGUGCCGACCGUCCCCUCUUCAGACAGCCAGUUCAGUCCAACCACCCGGGCAGGGAACUAGCUCUUGUUGUUUCUAAAGACUCAGGCCAGUGUUAGCCUUCGGCCUCCUAAUGCGCAUCACCUGGCAUUGGCCAUAUCUUAGGGUGCUGCAUCUCCUUUUCUAUGACAUAUGGACAUGUCUCAGAAGCCAGUGUUGAGUUCUCCAGAACACUCACCCUGGGGAAUAGGCUCACCUAAUCCAAGGCUGUGGGAGCCAAAACACCCGCCCCCUCAGCCCCCUGCAUCCAGAAGGUGCAGCAAGGGAGACAUGUGCACAUGAUACAUGCCGUCUCUUGAAGGUAUAGCAUGGACUGGCACUGCGUGGGCCCCCAUGUCGGAGGUGUUCGGAAGUUGAGGAGCGGUGUUAAACCUUCAGCGUGGGAGCCUCUGGGAUCAGCUUUGGUGACGUGGCUGUUUGCAGUGUCCCCUGCCUGCUGGGAAGAGAUGACUGGCUGUGACACAUGGUGCUCUUUGUCCCCCUGGCAAAGGUGCUGUCCAGUAGCGGUGAACACCACCCUGUUUUGGAAUAGGACAGAUUAUAAGAAGCCCUAUGUCAUGUUUGUCCCACCAGUUAGCCUUUUUUGAGGCAGUGUCACUUCUAGAAUUGAAAAAGCCCUGAAUCCGAAUUGCUCUAAUAUCAAGUAAAGGGCAGUUCUCUUCCUUGUACUUCUAGAACUACUUAGUAAUACCCAGGCCGGCUUUAAGGUGCUGCAUGGUGUGGCCGGCACUUCCUGGCCGGAACAUUUGGAGGCUUUUGCUCAGUUUCCCCUGAGGUGCAUCCCCACUGCAGUGGCUGACCAGAUUACCCAAGUUAGCAUUCUUGGAAAGAAUUCUUGCUGGCCAGUGACUGGAGCUGAGUAGGUGCAGAGAAAAAGAUGAGUGCCUAUCACCGAGGUCCCAACAGGUGACACUUCUAAGGCCGAACAGUCCGGCAUUGCUGAGAGCGGCAGCCCCUGGGUGUACCUGGAAAACAGGCGUAGGGAGAAUAGGUGUGCUUCGUGCUGCUUCCCUUACUCUAAUCUUGGGAAGUCUAGAGCCAUUGCCCCAGAAUGGGCCUCAGUGUUUUUCUUCGGGUAAAUACACUUUAUAUAGUGUAGCUCAUGAUGUUAAAAACCAAACCACUUAAUGGAGGGCCUAGAGGUGACCGUUACUGUGAAGGCCAUAAAAAGAGGGGUCAGGCUCCCAUCAGUCUGAGGUUUUCCCAUCUACACAGCAGCAGUCAUGCUGGAGGCUCAAGGGAGGCAUGGGUCGGCCUCUGAGGCCUUGCAGGUGGAGCAGGGGUACGUGAGGUGAGGGUGAAAGCCUGUUUGGCUGGAGCCCAUCUCAGUCCCACGGAAGAAUGGAAAUGGGCUCACGUGGCUCGGAGAAGCCCGCCACCAGGGAGGAAAACAGACUGCACAAAUGCUGAGCUUUGAGCGAGGUUUAUGUCAUUGGACACAUCAGGCCUAGAGAUGAAUUGAGAAGAUUUCAUCAUUGUAAGAGGAGGUGAGUGUUGCAGAAGAGUACUUGAAAUUGGCUUCUCAUUUUUCUCCUCUCAGCUAUGUGGAGAACGAUUUGCCCUGGGUUCACUUAGUAAAUUUAAAGUAUCUUCAAAAGUAAAUCUUUUCUUCAAAACCAAAAUGGUCUUCAGGAUAAAAUGAACUUGUGAAUUUUUGCUACAGGAAAUGUUUUGAUCAUGUGAAUGCUUUUCCAGCCAAAUGUUUGUGCUCACUAUGCCCCCUGGAGGCCACAGGUUUCUCUAACAUAUCACCAUUAACUUAACGAGGCAGAGCCCGGAAUCCCACGGGAAAAUGGCUUUUGCCAGGCAAAGAAUAAAUAUCUGUAUCCUUUACUUUUUAAAAAUGGAAUAAAAUAAUUUCUUCUGUGAAGGAAAA